ACCAAAAUGAUGCAAAGUGCAACCGUGACCACAGAGAGUCCCGGAAAAGGAGUUCGGGAGCUGCUGGGAGUCACGGUACAACAGAUCCCGCUUUGCGCGGGUUGUAACCAGCACAUCCUGGACAAGUUCAUUCUGAAAGUGCUGGACCGCUCUUGGCACAGCAAGUGCUUGAAGUGCGCUGACUGUCAGCUACAGCUCACGGACAAGUGUUUCUCCAGGAACGGCAACGUUUACUGCAAGGAAGACUUUUUCAAACGUUUUGGGACAAAAUGUGCGGCCUGCCAGCAGGGUAUCCCCCCAACCCAGGUGGUGAGGAAAGCUCAGGACUUUGUCUAUCACCUUCACUGCUUUUCCUGCAUCAUGUGUAACCGGCAACUGGCUACAGGCGAUGAAUUCUAUCUGAUGGAGGACAGCCGGUUAGUGUGUAAGGAGGACUAUGAAACGGCCAAACAGAAUGAUGCUGAUGCAGAGGCUGGAGCCAAGAGACCUCGUACGACCAUUACAGCGAAGCAGUUGGAAACACUGAAGAAUGCGUACAAAACCUCUCCAAAACCAGCUCGCCAUGUGAGAGAACAGCUUUCCUCAGAGACAGGGCUUGACAUGAGAGUUGUACAGGUUUGGUUCCAGAACAGAAGAGCCAAAGAGAAACGCUUAAAGAAGGAUGCGGGUAGACACAGAUGGGGGCAGUAUUACAAGAAUGUGAAGAGAAGCCGCGGAGGGGCAAAGAAUGGGAAAGAGAGCUCAGUGGAGGAUGGGGGCCUCAGUGACAGUGAAUUGAGUUUCAGAGAUGAUCAGAUCCUCUCUGAACUUGGCCACACUAAUGGAAUUUACAGUGGUGUGAGUGAUAUGACUGGCAGGCAGUUGCUGAAUGGUGGCUUCACUGUUGAUGGCAUAGGGCAGCAGUACCACGACCUGAGAGCCAGUAGCCCCUAUGGAAUCCCUCAGUCCCCGUCGUCUAUAGCCUCGGCCCCUGCACACACCCCGUUAAUGAACAGCCUGGGCUAUAUUGACAAUAACUUGGGGAUUAUAGCACAAGGUGGACAGGGAAUGAGCCAGGCCCUGAGAAUGAUGACAGGUGGUCCUACUUCUGAUAUCUCCACAGGUAGCAGUGCUGGUUACCCAGACUUUCCAACAAGCCCUGCCUCAUGGCUAGAUGACAUGGACCAUCCUCAGUUUUAAUGUACCACGCCAUUAGUCUGAGAUCCAAUGGAGUUGGCUAGAAGAAGACUAGUAGCCACAUUAGCUGCAGGACAUUUGAAGGCAAACAAUGUAUGUGUUUACGGCUUUGGUUUCCUCACUCAGCGGAAGUGAAUCCAGCUCAAAUACAGCACGGAGAUCUAUGGACCAAUCCUCUGGUCUGGGACAAGCACCUACCAAGUGGACCUACCUGGUGGACUAGUGCUUGCAAGGCAAGACAAACAUGUGUGAGUUUGGAAGCAUUUUGUUGACUUGAAUGUCAAUGAUGAAGGAAACGCAUUGAUGGUUCGAGGAGGAGGCAACUGCAUUCUUACCUUGAUCAAUAAAGAGGAAACAGACAUUGAGAUUGCCUUACUGUAGGCUGUAUUUCACUAGAAUCCAAAUCUACAAGCAAAGUGACAAACGUAGAGUUUGCUGAGACUGUCACUGUAAAAUAAGUUGUAGAUACCAAUAUUCUGUUGCACAACUCAGUUUUAUUUCAAAAAGAUAUUUAUUUUACCGAGAAUGUGGGAUGCAUACCCAUGGGCAGGGCUCCCACUUAACUCAUUGAUUAAAUUUAGAUGGAAUGUCCAGUAUCCAGGGUCCUGAGGUACGUAUACAUGUAUGAGGAGGGAGACUGCAUUGAUAAGAGAAACAAUCUAGCUUUCCCGCUGUGUGCACACUGUCGGGUUUACACCUGAUUACUAUGUCUUUGCCUGGUCAUAUGAGCAGGAGUAGGCCGUUCACCACCUCAAGCCCAUCUACCUAUCUCAGUUCCAUAAUCUUUAACACUUUUGCCCAACAAGGACUAAGGGAAUUGGUAUUUCCACCAAUAUCAGGUUAAUAAAGAAGUGUGUGACCAGUGAUGCACACUGUGUGUAAAUUAGAACUGAAACAUGCAUGGAAGGGAGCUCACAUGGUUAACGAAGACUGGUGGAAAAGCAAAAGACCUACACUGCUCAAAUCUUUCCUCUUGCCUCUAAUUUCCAAACAGUCAAUAUUGUAUAGCUAACCUGCACUAUGCUGGUCCUCUUAUCUAUUGCACUUCAGCAUCAGUAGACUGGGUUUGAAUCGUGAGUCAAGAUUAGAGUGGUGCUGGAAAAGCACAGUCGGUCAGGCAGCAUCCAAGGAGCAGGAACAUUUCCAC